CCUCAGUGGUCCUUGGCUCCUGAAGUGUCUCAGACCCUCAGCUCAGGACUGCUGUCAGGGGAAGCAUGUUGCUGCAGAAACUGUGUGUGUGGAUGCUGUCGGUGCUGUGCAGCUCGGACCUGUGUUGGGGCUUUGUCUCCGGGCGGCCCAAGCGCUCAGGAGAGGACGGGACCGCAGCCAGGAUGGAGACUCGCUCCUUGCCAGUCUACGUGCCGACCUCCGGCUCCUGCAGGAACAGAUGCUAUGAGCUUGUGGAGGCCGAGGCCCCAAACUGUCGCUGUGACAACCUGUGUAAAGCCUACCGCAGCUGCUGCUCUGACUUCAACCAGCUCUGCCUCCGGACAGAGGGAGGUUAUGAAUGCAGCAAGGAUCGAUGCGGCGAGACCCGGAAUGAACAGCACGCCUGCCACUGCUCUGAUGACUGCCUCGCCAGGGGAGACUGCUGCACCAACUACAGGAAGCUGUGCAGAGGAGACACUUCCUGGUUGCAGGGUAAAUGUGAGGCAAUCAAGAGCCCAGAGUGUCCUGCUGGGUUUGCUCGUCCACCUCUCAUCGUACUGUCUCUCGAUGGGUUCAGUGCGUCUUACGUGAAGAGGGGGAACUCCAUCAUACCCAACAUCUUAAAAAUCCGAAAAUGUGGAACCCAAGCUCCUUACAUGAGGCCUGUUUAUCCUUCCAAAACCUUCCCUAACCUCUAUACAAUGUCAACAGGUCUCUAUCCAGAGUCUCAUGGCAUCGUUGAAAACUCCAUGUAUGACUCAAUAUUUAAUGCAACAUUCACCCUGAUGACCAAAGAAAAGCUGAACCACCGCUGGUGGGGAGGACAACCAAUCUGGAUCACUGCCCUCAAACAGGGACUGAAAGCUGCCAACUUCUUCUGGCCUGUGGCCAUUCCUUUGGAGAGGAGGAUCCUGACUUUGCUGCAGUGGCUCCAUCUUCCUGAAGGAGAGAGGCCCUAUGUUUAUGCCAUGCACUCUGAGGAACCAGACGCUCAUACACACGUAAUGGGCCCAAAGAGUGCAGACCUUAACAAUACUCUGAUUGCGGUUGAUCGGAUUGUGGGCCAGCUGAUGGACGGACUCAAGCAGAUGAACCUGCACCGAUGUGUCAACAUCAUCCUGGUGGGAGACCACGGUAUGGAAGAGGCUCACUGUGAUCGCACAGAGUUCCUCAGCAACUACUUGACCACUGUUGAUGACAUCAUCCUCGUCCCUGGGUCUCUUGGCAGAAUACGCUCCAGAUAUCCCAGCAACCUCAAAUAUGACCCCAAGGCUGUUGUUGCAAAUCUAACAUGUAAGAAAGCAGAGCAGCACUUUAAGCCGUACCUGAAGCAGCACCUGCCUAAGAGACUGCACUAUGCCAACAAUCGGCGUAUUGAAGACAUCCACCUGCUGGUGGAGAGGAAGUGGCAAGUGGAGAGGAAAGUCCCAGUGGGGAGGAAACACUGUGGAUUCUUAGGCGACCAUGGAUAUGACAAUAAGAUCAACAGCAUGCAGACUAUUUUCUUGGGCUAUGGACCUUCAUUUAAAUUCAAGACCAAAGUUCCAGCCUUUGAAAACAUUGAGCUGUAUAACGUCAUGUGUGAUCUCCUGGGUCUACAACCGGCUCCAAACAAUGGAACUCAUGGCAGUCUGAACCACCUGCUGAGAAGUCCAACUUUUAGACCCACCAUGCCAGAGGAGGUGUCCAGGCCAACGGCCUCCAGCCACGUUACGGCAACAAAUGACUUGGGCUGCAACUGCGAUGAAAAGAACAAAGUGGAGGAGCUAAACCGGCGAUUGAGGCAAGCUAUUGAUGACACCAGGUACCUGCCGUACGGCCGACCUGCUGUCCUCUUCCAUGAUAAAUACACCAUCCUACGUCACAGCGACUACAUCAGCAGCUACAGUGCAACCCUGUUCAUGCCCCUCUGGACAUCCUACACCGUCAGCAGACAGGUAGAGCUGUCUCCUCUGCCUGAGUCUCUGUCCAACUGUGCGAGACCGGACGCCAGAGUCCCACCGGUCUUCAGCCAGUCGUGUUCCAACUACAGAGCAGAGAAACAUGUCACAUAUGCCUUCCUGUACCCGCCGCAGCUUUCCUCAAACCUGAAGAGAAAAGAAGAUGCUAUCCUCAUCACCAACACCGUGCCCAUGUAUCCUGCAUUUAAGAGAAUCUGGACUUACUUUCAGAAAGCUCUGGUGAAGAAAUACGCCACUGAGAGGAACGGAGUGAACAUUCUUGUUGGACCCAUCUUUGACUACAAUUAUGAUGGAGUCAGAGACUCGGCUGAGACAAUCAGAGACCAUGUGAGUGGAGUCGUCCCCAUCCCGACUCAUUACUUUGUGGUGAUGACCAGCUGCCUGGACGCCACACAGACUGCACACUUAUGCAACGGUGCACUGAGAAGCGCCACUUUCAUCCUCCCACACCGACCCAACAACGACGAGACCUGCAACAGCUCUGAGGAUGAGUCCCGCUGGGUGGAGGACCUGAUGAAGAUGCACACGGCCCGGAUCAGAGAUGUGGAGCUGCUCACAGGCCUAGACCUGUUCCGGAGAACCAGCCGGAGCUACGCCGAGAUCCUUUCCUUUAAAACAUUCAUGCACACGUAUGAGAGAGAGAUCUGACCUCUGCUGACCUUUUCUGCAGAUGUGGUGGAGGAAUGUGGCACAUGCUUCCAUCUCUGUCUGUCUACAGUACGUAUGGCUAGAACACCACUGAACUCUUCCAAAACUGUGCAAAGGUCUUGAAUCAUCCCUCAUCUCACCUUCCUUUUGAGGACCCAGAAGAUCAUGUAGCCUUUCGGUUCCCUGAAGGACUUUCUAGAGUUGCAGAGACACAAUUUUACAUCCUCUUGGCACCUUAGUAUAAACACGCUGCACUAAAAAAUCAGUUUGUUUGCACUUUUUCUUUUAAGCUACAAAUCACAUUCAAAGCAUCCCAGAAUGAAAGGUAUAAUAAUUAUAUUUUUGCACUUAUGUGAUUCCUGAGCAGGCGUUAUGUUACGCCUCAACCAUCCAAAGAUGGUUUAAAGGCUGCUGCCUCUGCACUUUGUUGCCCCUGUAUCCCAUCAGCUAAAGCUGGAGUCCAAAGAAUCUUCUCUGCAGCAGCUCCAGGUGACUAUACAGUCACACAUAUUUUGGUUUCUUUCAGAAAUGUUGUUGCACAGUACAUGAAUAUUCUAAUUAGCUUAAUGAAAAUCAUGUGGAAUUUGUGUUAAUAAUCCAUUCUCAAUACCUGCUUAGUUCCUGCAGGGGGAGCCUGUCUCCAGGGGUCUGUGUACUCCCCCUGCAGGUCACCAAGUAGACACACACACUCAAACCUUAGCACAAUGAAGUCCCCUUAGAAGCUGUGAGAUGAGUUGCAGUUGUACCACUUCAUCAGGCUUAAAAAAUAAUCAGCAGGCCAAUAUGGAAUCACUCUGGCUGGAGAUUAUUGAAUAAACCUGAUCUGUAUGCCACCCUUCAUAAAAAAGCCGUUGCUUUUAAAUGCAAUUUAAUGGUAAUGAUGUAUCUGUGUUUGUGAGGUUGCGUGUGUGUGUGUGUGAGACAAAUAUAACAUAUCGGACUGUAAAUGUGGCUUGAAUGUGUGUGUGGGUGUGUGUUGUGACUUUGAUUUGUGCACAAUUAAAUUUGUUGAUUAUAAUAAAAGUUUGAUCAAAAUCACCA